AGCAAGCUAUUACCUAUGUGCCUUUUAUGUCACAAAAUUUUGUGUAAUGAUGCCAUGAAACCAUCUAAACUAGAGAAUCAUCUGAAACGAUGCCACCCAGAUAAAAUCGAUAAAGACUUGAAGUAUUUUCAAACACUUAAAGAUAGAUCUCAGAAUAGACCUACAGUGGACAAAAUGUUCACUUCGACAUCACAAAGAGAAGAUGAUAGUUUACGAGCAUCUUACAAUAUUUCUUUACUGAUAGCAAAAUCCGGAAAACCUGACAUUGUUGGUGAAAAAUUGAUUUUGCCUGCCGUUGCAGAAGUCUUACAAACUGUUUUACACAAGCCUGCUUCUGAUAUCAUUAAAAGAAUUCCUUUAAGUAACAACACCGUUCAAAGACCAAUAGAUGAAAUGAGUUAUGACACUGAAAACUUCUUGUGUAAAUAUUUGCAAACUACAUGCUUCUCUAUACAGCUGGACGAGUCAACCUUGCCUAGUAAUGAAGCAUUAUUGUUGGCAUAUUUUCGUUUUAUUAUGGAUCAAGAAAUCCACGAAGAACUUCUAUUUGAAAAAACUUUGGCCAUUGACACAGAAGGCUAAUCAAUACUGACAGUUUUGAAGGACUACUUUAAAGAAAAAGAGAUCCCUUUAGGAAAUAUAAUAUCAGUAGCAACAGAUGGAGCACCUGCAAUGGUUGGACGCUACCGAGGAUUUGUGAGCCUUUUAAAAGAAAAUGUACCCGGCGUGUUGCUAAAAAUCUCAGUGUCAGAUUGCAUGAAUCUCUUCAGUUUGUCAUUACUGCUGUUAAUCGAAUUCGAGCCAACGCUUUGAAUACUCGAUUAUUUGCUCAAUUGUGUGAAGAAAAUGACGAGAACUUUCACCAACUGCUCCUUCACACUGAAGUUCGAUGGCUGUCGAAAGGCUUAUGUUUGACUAGAUUUUUUUCUCUUUUUGACACUGUUUCAGAAUUCUUGCAUGAUAAAGAUUCAAUUUUAAAACAAAAUUUAAUUAAGCGGAAAUCGGACAUUGCCAAUUUAACAGACUUAUUUCAGAAAUUUAAUGAAGUUAACUUGCAGCUACAAGGGGAUAACCUGAAUUUGAUCA